AUUUUAAAGAGGAAGCAAAAAAAAACAAAAAAAAAAAAAAAAACAGUUGAAGGUGUGUUGUGAAAUCAGUGGAUCUUCUACAAGGCGUUCAUGAAAGUCACGUUGUAAAAUUGUCCUACGGGGUACCUAACCUGUAUCCCAUGCUGCUCCGCGUUUGGAAGAUUGUUGUCAAACACACAUUGUAAAUUGACACAUAAUAAAGACAUUGCAGUCCUACUGCACUCUUUACAUAUCUGAAUUUUUCAAGUGUAACACUAGAAUGACAGACACAGAAAUGGAUGUUGACAGAAACAAGACAGUUCUCUGUCGCUUUAUGUCAGAGGCUGGUGAAGUGACAGGAAGUUUAUUAGAUUUGCCUCUAAAUAUUACUCGUGAUAAAUUACAGCUGAUCUGCAAUGCGCUCUUACAACAGGAUGAAAUUUUGCCAUACAUUUUCUUGGUCAAAGAUAAGGAAAUUACAGGAUCCUUAGAUAAUGCGUUAGACAAGGAUAAUUUAAAUACCGAAGAAGUUCUUGAUAUUAUAUACCAGCAACAAGCUGUUUUCAGAGUUCGUCCAGUCACAAGAUGUACAAGCUCUAUGCCUGGACAUGCCGAGGCUGUUAUUUCAGUCCGGUUUAGUCCCAAUGGAAGGCAUCUUGCUAGUGGCUCAGGAGAUACAACAGUUCGCCUCUGGGAUAUAGCAACUCAAACUCCUCACAUGACAUGCAAUGGUCACAGGCAUUGGGUACUGUGCAUAGCAUGGUCUCCUGAUUCUGCCCGCCUUGCAUCGGCUUGUAAAAAUGGCCACAUAAUAAUUUGGGAUGCUGAAUCAGGGAAUCAAGUUGGAAGGACACUAUCAGGACACAAACAAUGGGUAACUUCACUGAGCUGGGAACCGUAUCACAAAAAUCCUGACUGUAGGCUGCUUGCAAGUUCGUCCAAGGAUGGUGACAUUCGUAUAUGGGAUACUGUUUUGGGCACAACUGUCCGAGUCUUAGCAGGACACACCAAAAGUGUUAGCUGUGUUGUGUGGGGUGGUGCUGGACUGAUAUACUCAGCAUCACAGGAUCGAACUGUCAAAGUUUGGCGUGCUGAAGAUGGAGUGCUUUGCCGAACUCUUGAUGGACAUGCUCAUUGGGUUAACUCUCUAGCCCUGAAUUGUGACUAUAUUCUACGAAUAGGCCCUUGUAAUCCAAUUACUAACCCUCACGGAACAGGGAAUGACAAAUUAUCAUUGCAAAAGGAAGCAGAAAAAAAUUACCAGACCAUAGUGCGAGAGGCAGGUGAAAGGCUGGUUAGUGGCUCAGAUGACUUCACCUUAUUUUUAUGGCACCCUGAGAAAGAGAAAAAGCCAAUAGCACGUAUGACAGGUCACCAACAGCUUAUUAAUUCAGUUCAGUUUUCUCCAGAUGCAAGAUAUUUUGCAUCUGCUUCGUUUGAUAAAUCAAUAAAACUAUGGGAUGGGAGAACCGGCAAAUUCCUGGCAACUUUUCGUGGACAUGUGCAGGCAGUGUAUAUGGUUGGGUGGUCACCUGACUCUCGGCUAUUAGUUAGUGGAAGUGCUGAUUCUACUUUGAAAGUGUGGAGUAUGAAAACUUUAAAACUUGAACUUGACCUGCCUGGGCAUGCAGAUGAGGUCUUUGCCGUUGACUGGGCCCCAGAUGGAAUGCGAGUGGCAUCUGGUGGAAAGGAUAAAGUGCUAAAAUUGUGGCAAAAUUGACAAGAUAUUAUGAAACCUAUGGUAAAUAAUAAUUUGUUAUCUUGAAAUAUAGAACAAUGCUGGAAGAGUUAAUAAACUUGGGUACUAAGUAAAGGCA